UAUGAACAUCCGUUGAAGCAAUCGAACCCACUUGUGGUAGUCGCGAUCUUCCUCGCCCUCGUUCUGCAACUUCUCGGAGGCGUCACGCGCCAAAUGUGCAACUUCACGCUUCACGUUCUCAAAACGUUCAGCGAGAUGGCCAUCGGACUGAAUGGACCACCUAGUCCCAUGGAUCAGAAGGUCCUUAUAGAGUUUCCUACCGACAUCCGCACAGUGCGACGGCUGUUCGACCUGGAUCCCAUCGUUACCGACUGGGCAGCAUGCCCCGUCUGCUCCAUGACUUACGAGCCU